AUGGCCGAACCACUCGAAACCCCCGUCUCGCGGCGCCUGUCGUCAGUGAAGAACAUUAUCAUCGUGCUGUCCGGCAAGGGCGGCGUCGGCAAGUCGUCCUCGAGCGUGCAGCUCGCGCUGUCCCUGCUCAACACUUCGCCGACGGCACGCGUCGGCCUGCUCGACCUCGACCUGACCGGCCCGUCCCUCCCGCGCAUGGUCGGCCUCGACGUGCCCGAGGCGAGCGUGCACCAGUCGUCGGCGGGCUGGGUGCCCGUCUACGUUGACAAGGAGCGCCGGCUCGGCGUCAUGAGCAUUGGGUUUUUGCUCGCCAACCGUGGCGACUCGAUCGUGUGGCGCGGCCCCAAGAAGGACGGCAUGAUCCGCCAGUUCUUGUCCGAGGUGCGCUGGGGCGACCUCGACUACCUCGUCAUCGACACGCCGCCCGGCACGUCGGACGAGCACAUCUCGCUGCUUACCCACCUCCACCCGCUGUUCAUCCCCAACGCCGAGCGGCCCACGACCCCAGCCGCGGUCCUCAUCUCCACGCCCCAGACGACGGCGCUCAACGAUACCCUCAAGUCGCUGAGCUUUACCCGCAAGCUCGCGCUGCCCGUCAUUGGCUUUGUCGAGAACAUGUCGGGGUACGUCUGCCCGUGCUGCGGCGAGAUUAGCGACACGUUUGGCCGUGGCGGCGGCGAGAAGAUGGCUGAGCGCGAGGGACUGGACUUCCUUGGUCGCGUGCCGAUCGACACGCAGCUCGUUGCGCUGCUGGACGCAGUGUCCAAGGGCGACGUUCCCGGCGCUGGUGCCGAGGGACAGGGGACUGCUACUCCCGCGGAGGGUGCCAAUGGAACCAACGGAACCGGCGGCGAGCACUUUCCCCUGCUGGACAAGUACAGCGAGACGGCGUCGUCCAAGGUCUGGUCGGGCAUCGCGGACAAGGUCGUCGCGGGCAUCGACGCGCGGCGCGAGGCCAUCUCGGCACGCCUCGCAGCAGCACCAGCAUCGUAA